AAAAAAGAAAUCCAAUUUUACAAAAUUGCACCAAAACCAAAUGCAAAGUGCAAACUCCUUAACCCAAAACUAAACCUCAAAGUCAAAACCACUUCUCUGGCAGUAGUGUAACAAAGAAACUGCUUCAUCAACUGGCCACUGAACAAGUGAGCCAGCAAAACAUGAAGAGAACAUUACGCCGCUACACUAAAACCUUCAACCUCCAUCCAUCUCCUCCAAUUUCCACCUUCACCACCACCACCCACCACCAUGCCGCCACACCACCACCACCACCACCACCAACAACAUCUUCAUCCCCGCCUAUCACCACUCACUUCAACAAACACCUAACUUCCCUAACAACCACCAACCAACACCUAACCGCCAUACAUCUCUACAACCAAAUCGAAUUCCACAAAAUCAUCACCCCUUGUAUAAUCACUCUCACAAUCAUAAUAACCUCUUUCUCUCACCUGGGUCUUGUCUCUUUAUCAUUCUCUCUCUUCGGUAAGAUUCUCAAACGCGGUUAUGUUAUAGAUACUGUAACACUGAAUGCAUUAAUCCAAGGUUUGUGUUUCAAUGGUCAAGUUUUGAAGGCAUUGGAGUUUCAUGAUGAGCUUGUUGCUAAAGGGUUUGAAUUGAAUGAGAUUAGUUACGGGAUUUUGAUUAAUGGGUUGUGUCGAGACGGGAGAAUUAAUGCAGCUAUUCAUUUGUUGAGAAUGGUUGAGAAAGGUUGUUUUUUUGUUAAGGGUAAUGUUGUUAUGUAUAGUACUGUUAUUGAUUGUUUGUGUAGAAACGGGUAUGUGAAUGAGGCUUUUGAGUUUUAUUUAAAUGAAAUGUUGGUGAAUGGUGUUUGUCCGAAUGAGUUUACGUAUGGAUCGUUGAUACGGGGUUUGUGUGGUGUUGGGAGAGUGAGGGAAGGUUUUGGAUUGUUGGAGGAGAUGGUUAGGGAGGGUUUGUAUGUGAGUGUUUAUGAUUUUACGGUUUUGAUUGAUGGGUUGUGUAAAAAGGGGAUGUUAGUGGAAGCGCGAGAGGUGUUUGAUGAAAUGGUUAAGAGAGGUUAUGAGGUUAAUGUUGUUACUUGUACUGCUUUGAUGGGUGGGUAUUGUUCGAAGGGGAAUUUGGAUGAGGCUAGGGAGUUGUUUGAUAAGGUUGUUGGUUGGGGUUUUGCGCCGGAUGUUUGGACUUGUAAUGUUUUGAUUCAUGGGUAUUGUAAGGUUAAGAGAUUGGAUGAUGCUAUGAAGGUUUAUAAUGCAAUGUGUCGCGAGGGGUUGGUUCCGAAUGUUGUUACUUAUAAUACUCUGAUUGAUUCUUUUUGUAAAUCGGGUGGAGUUUCGCAGGCUUGGGAGAUUGUUAAGAUAAUGCAUGAUAGUGGUUUGACGCCUGAUAUUGUUACUUAUUGUAUCUUGUUAGAUGCUUUGUGUAAAAGCCAAUGUCUUGACCAUGCAAUUUUGUUGUUUAAUCAACUGGUUGAAAGGGGUUUGGAACCUGAUGUUUGGACUUAUACUAUUUUGAUACAUGGGUUUUGCAUGAAUCGAAGAAUGGGUGAGGCUGUGAAUCUAUUGAAAGAAAUGCAUCUUAAGAAUUUGGUUCCUCAUAUUGUAACUUAUAGUUGUCUUAUUGAUGGCUUGUGCAGAUCUGGGAGAAUAUCAUGUGCAUGGAGGCUUCUUAAUAAGAUGCAUGAUAAUGGUCCACCCCCGGAUAAUAUCACUUAUAGUAUCAUGUUAGAUGCUUUAUGGAAAAGCCAACAUCUGGACCAUGCAGUUUUUUUAUUCAAUCAAAUGAUAAGAAAAGGUUUGGAACCUGACGUUUUGUGUUAUACCAUCAUGAUCGAUGGAUAUUGCAAGAGUAAACGAAUAGACGAAGCCAUGAAUCUUCUCAAAGAAAUGUAUCUGAAAAAUUUGGUUCCUGAUAUUGUAACUUACACAAUACUCUUUGACGGCUUGUUCAAAUCUGAGAGAAUCUCCUCGUAUGUAUGGCAGCUUGUUAAUAUGAUUCGUGACAGUGAUCCGCCUCCUGAUAUUCUUAAUUACCUAGAUACACUUUGCACAAGUGAGCAUCUUUACAAUAACGGCCUUGCUUCAGCCCAUUAUUAGCAGAGGAAUUUGUUAUUGUGAUUUUUCCAGCUUUAGAUAAAUGUGUGAAGAAUGAAGCACAGAUUGAACAGAUGGGAAAACAUAAUUUUUUAUUAUCACCUAUUUGAGAUGUUAAAGUCUUCCAUUUUUUUAAAUGGUGAAAGUUUUCCGAAGGAGCUAGUAUCCUACUCAGGAGCUCUGCAGACAUCGGUUAGUCAAUACAUGGCUUGAGAAAAGCAACAAUGGAAAUGAUGUAUAUGCACUUCCUGUCCAUUCAGCCAGUAGGGCCUAUAUGAAUAUCACCUUAGUGCAAUGGACUAUCAAUGGCAUAGUACUAGUGCAACAUAUGCAAGAUGAAAGAACACAUGUUAAUUGCAGAGAUAUCUUGAUUGCACCAUUGGCGAAACUGUUCCCUCUGAAAAAGUAUCUAAUGAAUAAUAUAAAUAAGUAUAACCCAACUCGCGCUCUUGUCACUCUGCUGGAUUAAUUCUUCACUGAUGACUGGCUAUGCACCCAAGACCCUCCAACGAGGCUAUGUUCAAACAGUUGGCAAGUGUUUUGGAGUGAAAGAAAUGUCAAUAAUCCUCCAAUGCUUGGUUGGCGGUGUUUGGCCAAGAAUGGUCCACCGUUUGUUUGAUCUUCAUUCAAAGACGAAUUGAAGAAUUUAUUGACUAUCUGUUCCCUAAAGAAACUCAGACAACAGAUCUCAAGAUUUUGGAAGUUUCUUACAAAUGGAAGAAGCAGAAAUUGUCUUCUGCUGACAAUCAACAGUAUCUAAUUGCUCUAAUGCCCAUUCUGGUAUAACUGGCAAAAGGUUUCAGCAGCUAUGUCAAUCUUUUUUCCUAAGUUUGUAACUUUGAAUUGCAUUUGAGGAUCAUCUAAUCAUACAACAUGUAAAUUAUGAUUCACCUCACAAGUCAUUAAGGCAAUGAACUGUCAAAGCAGGUGUACCUAAACCACAUACAGAAUUAUAUCAAAGUUGGAAACAUGUUAUGUCAAAGUGUAUUAUGACACAUACAGAGUAGCAGAUUCUGUUAUGAUUAUGACUCAUACAACUGCAUUAUGGUUCUACUAAAACACAUCUAAAAUGUAGCAAAUCCA